AUGAAGAGAAAGGCUACAGAGGAGCACGAGGCUUCAGCCCUGCCAAAAAGAGGCCGAAUUAGCGACCCAGCACCGACCAGUUUCGUGGAGGACGUUGACUACGAACCUGAGCUCGACGAUGGCCAAUCUGACGAUGGAUCGCGGUAUACCGGAACUACGUCUACAUUGCCAGCAAGCACACCACUGACUCCGCUCUCUCCCGCCCAAAAAUGGCCUUCCGACAUUAAGACAAUCAGGUGCACACAUCCCAAUUGCAACAAGACAUUCAACCGUCCAGCUCGACUUGCUGCCCAUCUAAGAUCGCAUACCAACGAACGACCUUUCAAGUGCCCUCACCAUGACUGUGACAAAGACUACAUGGAGGAAAAACACCUAAGACAGCACAUCAAGGGCUCCCAUUCAGCUGAACGAGAGCACGUUUGUGCUCAUACUGGCUGUGGGAAACAGUUCAUGACCGCCACACGUCUCAGAAGACACCAAGCAGUUCACGAGGGCCAGGAACGUUUUCGCUGCCGAGAUUUCCCUCCCUGUGACCAGAGCUUCCGCAAGCACCAGACUCUACAGCGUCAUAUCCGAUCCGAACACCUCCAUGUCGCUGCCUUCCAGUGCAGCCACAAAGACAGUAUUACCGGAGCGGUUUGCGGAGCAGGUUUUGACAGUGCUGGGCCGCUCAGACGACACCAGGAACGGGAACAUGGGGAAGACCGUUAUUUCUGUGACGAUUGUGUCAAUACGAUCACUGAGGAUGGCAGUACCAAGAGCGUAGGAUUUCCCACUCUUACUCUCCUGCAGGCACACAUGAAACAGUCUCACAUCAACUGCAUGUUCUGUGGAGUGCUCUGUGGCGGUAGAGAAGAUCUGGAGUUGCACAUCGAGUCACAGCACACCAGAAACGACCAAGAAGACAAGACAACUCUCGAGGAACGGAAAACCGUCGCUUGCACCUGGCCAGACUGCAGCAAGACCUUUACAAAGGUAUCGAACAUGAACAUUCACAGACGUACUGCUCAUGAGGGCGAACGAUUUGUAUGUGGCGAGUUUGACAUUAACAUGACCGAAGACCCAUCUGUGUGGCCGCAAUUCGAAGGUUGCGGAGAGAGCUUCAAUGCCAAAGCUGGCUUGGAGAACCAUGUUCGCUAUGUGCACUUGAAAUAUGAACGACCGCCAACAAAGCCAGCAGAGAGAAAGGGAAAGGCGAGAGGUUUCACCGUCCUCGAGGAGUUGGCUGGUGGCGGGCAGAAGUCUCGAAGAACAUUGCCAUGCACGUUCCCCAGCUGCAAGCUCAAAUUCGUCCAUAGUGGCGAAUUGGAGGCUCAUGUCCAGGGCGAGCAUGCCAUCGAUCAGGCUCUUCUUGACAAUAUUGGAGCCGCAACAGGAGAAUCGGAGCGAAUGCCAUUAGAGCCACCAACAGCUUUCGGGGAUGUCAUGCAGGGUAUGGCAGAAUGGGAAGCAGAUUAUGGAGGCACGGAGUUUUGGAUUGGAGGUGGUACCAUUUCAGGUGCCCCGACUCCUGGACACAACGAGGAAUGGCUUCGUGACGAAGCUGAGAUGAGAAGGCUGAUCGAGCCCGACAACCUGGAUGGCUUGAUUGACCCUGCCCUGGGUCUAUGA